AUGGCCGAAACAACAGAGGCAAGCAAGACCUUGCCUGAGCGUGUGAAGGAAAAGGUCGAGAAUGUGGUGUCCGACAAGAAGCCAAAGAAAGACAAGGCCCCAAAGCAACCCAAAGCGCCCAAGGAGCCAAAAGCACCAACAGUCAAGCCUCCGAAACCAGCAAAUGCUGCGCCGUCAGCUCCCAUUGAUCCCGAUGCUAUGUUUAAGGAGGGCUGGCUAGCAGCUGUGAGGAAGGAAAGACCGGCGGACGAGCCGGUAGUCACCCGAUUUCCUCCAGAGCCAAAUGGCUAUCUUCACAUCGGUCAUAGCAAAGCCAUUGCCAUUAACUUUGGGUUUGCACGAUUCUACGGCGGCAAAUGCAACUUGCGAUUUGACGACACCAACCCUGAGGCCGAAGAUGAAGUCUACUUCACCGCGAUAGAGGACAUCGUGAGGUGGCUGGGCUUUAAGCCCGCGCGAAUUACCUAUUCAAGCGAUUUCUUCGACCAGCUCUAUGAGCUUGCCGAGAAGUUGAUCACUCUGGAUGGCGCUUACGUCUGUCACUGUACAGAUGAUGAGCUCAAGGACCAGCGCGGCGGGACCGACCCUAAGAACAAGCAUGAGCGAUAUGCCUGCCCUCACAGAAGUCGACCAGUCGAAGAGUCUCUCGCCGAAUUUCGUGCCAUGAGGGAUGGAAAAUACAAGCCGAAAGAAGCUUUCUUGCGCAUGAAGCAAGACCUUAGCGAUGGCAACCCACAGAUGUGGGAUCUAGUCGCCUACCGUGUUCUGGAGAAGCCGCAUCACCGCACGGGUGACAAGUGGAGGAUUUACCCGACCUACGAUUUCACCCACUGUCUGUGCGAUAGCUUCGAAGGUAUUACUCACUCACUGUGCACGACAGAAUUCAUUCUCUCUAGAGUGUCUUACGAGUGGCUGAAUAACAAGCUCGAUGUGCCACACAAACCCAUGCAAAGAGAGUAUGGUCGUCUUAACGUCACAGGGACAGUCUUGUCGAAGCGCAAGAUCAAGAAGCUGGUAGACGACGGCAUUGUGAGCGGCUGGGACGACCCGAGGUUGUACACACUCGUUGCUCUUAGAAGGAGAGGCAUCCCGCCUGGAGCAAUCCUUUCGUUUGUGAAUGAGCUGGGGGUCACAACAGCAAAGACCAACAUUCAAAUUGCACGGUUCGAGCAAUCGGUUCGGAAAUACCUGGAGAGCACCGUCCCGCGCCUGAUGCUAGUUCUCGAUCCAGUGCCGGUCAUCAUCGAUGAUCUGCCGGACGAUCAUUACGAGGAAUUCGAAAGUGCUUUCGGUCCCAAAGACGUCGACAUGGGAACCCACAAACUUCCUUUCACCAAGAAGGUGUACAUUGAGCGUGAUGAUUUUCGGGAAGUCGAUAGCAAGGAUUUCUUCAGAAUGGCUCCAGGAAAGCCAGUCGGGCUGCUGAAGGUUCCUUAUCCGGUCAUUGCCACGAGUUUCAAGAAGGAUGAGACUACUGGUCUGGUUACGGAGAUCCAUGCCAAAUUCGACAAACCAGCCGAGGGGGAAAAGGUCAAAAAGCCCAAAGCCUACAUCCACUGGGUUGCGGAUGCUCCUGAACAUGGAUCUCCUAUCAAAUGUGAAGUUCGGGUCUUCAACCCCUUAUUCAAGUCCGACAACCCCGAUGCCGUGGAACCCAGCUUUUUGGCGGACUUGCGGGAAGACAGCCUCAAAGUCUAUCCUAAUGCAGUGGCCGAAAUUGGAUUGAAGGAAAUUCGCGCCAGAGCGCCAUGGCCGGAAGAGGCUGGAGAGAAGAAGGAUGACUGUGGAUUCGAGUCGGUCAGAUUCCAGGCCAUGAGGACCGGCUACUUCUGUAUGGACAAGGACACUGAUGAGGCCGGGAACAAGAUUGUACUCAAUCGGAUUGUGAGCUUGAAAGAGGAUGCCGGAAAGAGUGCUUGA